ACCCUCAACAUAACCUUCAGAGCUGCAACGUAAACAAAGUGUAUACAAGACCAGAGUUUGAGAAGUUUGGUCAUUGCUCGUUGAAUGUUGGUUAAUGUUUGUUAUCUCGUUCUUUCCGUUUAGUUACUUCGUACUUGAGUGUUUUGUGUAUUACUUCAGAUGCCGAUAAACAGCAUAGAAGAAGUGAAUGUUAUUUUCAUUUUAUGAGUUAGCCUAUUGGAGUUUGUGUUAUCGGUUUGAAGAUAUACAAGAUGAGCUGCUAAUUGGCACAAACAUCGAUCGCGUGAUUGUCCAAUUAAGUUCUUACCAAAUACAUACGUCACAUUUCUUCAUAGGGGGCAAUUUUAUCAGUAAUGGAAAAACGUAGAAUGAAAGCACAAAUAAGUUAUCAUUUGCCCGUGUUGAACCGUGACCUGUGAUAAAUUAAGGUCGAGACUGUUGAGAGAUAAAUGUGAAGAAAGUUAUUAUUGAACUCAGUACCACUGGAACAAGUUUAUAGUACUGUACUUGGUUGAAACUAGGCAUUUGAGUUUUAAGUUAAUUUUGCAACUUUAUUCUUCAAGAAGUGCUGUGCUAACUUUAUAGACCAUCGUAGUGACUGAAUUAACUUCAGUGAUAUCCUACACUUGGGGAAUUAGUUUGUAUAAAUCAGACAAUUUAAUUUUUUGAGGCAACAGAUAAUAUGAUUGUAAUGCCCUUGGUACAUUCAUCAUUAGUAAUGUGUUUUAAUGUUGCCAUGAGCAAGAAUAUAAUUUAUUUUAACAGAAUUAACCCAAUUUACUACUCUGAUUACUCUGACACAAAUGUUUCUGUUAUUACAAAGAACUGAAUUUUAAUUCUGUUAAGUUGAAAUAGUUUUAUUAUAAUUAAUCGAGUAAGUUAGACUAUAACUUUAUUAAAACAUUUUGCCUUAUCAGUAAUGGCAAACGUGGAAGCAAAAAGUAAGCCUACUUUGAAAGUAAUGGCCGAAGAUGUUGUCACUGAUAUAAAGGAAUAUGUUGGAAAUUCCCCGGUCCUUAAGGCUUUUCUGGCUGGCUCCAUAUCCGGAACAUGCUCCACUGUACUUUUUCAACCUUUAGACCUGGUGAAAACACGUUUACAGUCUUCAAGCCAAGUAGCGACAAUGUCAUCUCGUCCUGGAUUGGCUGGAACCAUUGGCAUGAUGGAUAUUCUCUCAGGAAUCGUCCAGAGAGAACAUAUGUUUGCCCUGUGGAAGGGAAUGACUCCAAGCCUAACACGAUGUGUGCCAGGAGUUGGUCUAUACUUUGCUUCCAUGCACUGGAUGAAGACAACAUUCACCGAUGGGCGACCUACCCCUGCUCAGGCCAUGACUAUUGGAGUGGCAGCUCGAUCCCUUAGUGGUAUCUGCCUCAUACCUAUUACCGUUGUCAAGACUCGUGUUGAGAGUGGAGAGUAUGCCUAUCGUGGGGUCAGUGAUGCUCUGAAGAUGAUCUAUCGUAAUGAGGGUCUAAGGGGUCUCAGCUGUGGUCUGGUGCCGACACUAUUCAGAGAUGCACCAUUUUCUGGUCUUUACCUCGUCUUCUACAGCCAAAUCAAACAGGCUCUUCCUAAAGAACUAAUGGUGGGAGAUCUUGCUGCUCCAACUCAUUUUACAUGUGGACUACUUGCUGGCGUAUUGGCAUCCCUGGUGACUCAACCAGCUGACGUCAUCAAGACCAAAAUGCAACUUUACCCUGGACGAUACCGGAGCAUCCUUCACGUCAUGGUGUUUCUUCACCAGAAAUAUGGUGUAAAAGGUUACUUUAAGGGCCUCAUGCCACGCAUGCUCCGCCGCACCCUAAUUGCUGCCAUGGCCUGGACAAUAUAUGAACAACUUACCCAGUCGAUUGGACUCAAAUAAUGGCUGUGAAAUGGCGAUGUUUGACUUGAAUGUUGAGCUGAGCUGUAGAGAACCUCUUUACAGUUGAGAGUCUACGAUUGUUCGGCACUCUUCAGAUCUGUGAUCAGCGUCUUAGCUAGCUACGGGCCUACCCUCGGGUCCGUUAGAUUUGCUGCAACCCUUCUUUGUUUUAGGCUAAGUCAGUUUUAAGCUUUUCGUGCGUGCUCGAGUUGAUUGAAAUUAUAUUAAGUUCUUUCCUAGCAAGUGUUUGUUUAGAAUGUGUCCCGUUAUUGGACUUAACGUAAAUUGAGUAAUACAACUUCAAAUUUUUGGAAAUUUAUUUGAAUAACACAGUUAAAUAGUCGGUACUAAGUUGAAGAUCUGUAUGUUCUUAAUUAUAAAUCUGUUGGUUUAACCUAACCUAGGAUUUUUAAAUCUUAUCAAUUUUAAAUAACCGUAACUAAAAAUAGUUUGCAAUAGGUUUUUCAUUUCACACCACAUUAAAACAUUGAUAAGACAAUUAAUUACUACUUUAAGCAAAAUAUUAAGAUGUUUGGAAAAUGUUGUCUUUUAUUGUUAAGAUCUAUCGUUUCUUGCUGUUUUGUCUAUUAAAAUUUGUUAUAUAUUUAUAAGACCGUGAUUAUUUUAUAAGUGCACAAAACCUCGUAAACUAGUUUGACAGAGAAGGGCCUAGACCUUGAUGAAGAAGUGAGGGGAAACUCAAAGUAAGCAGGCUUCAAUUUUCAACCACCAAGCUAUACAUAUAUGCCUGUUUCAAAAAAGUAUUUAUUAGAUUUUGUUGAAAAUACUCAAUUCACCCUGGUCAUUCAGUCUUCACAUUUCAGUUCAUAUAUAAUUAACUAAUUAAAUAUAACCAACUGGAAAAAAUUAACAUUUUCUGUAAAAUUACACAUAUGGUACCUAUUCUUUGAAACUAAACAUGUGCACUUAACUUUCUGUGUUUAAUGAUUGUUGAAAUAAGGUAACUUUAGUUGACCUAUAUGUAUGAAUCAAUUACGCUUUAACUAGAGCAAAUAGUAUUUUCAUAUGGUUUGAAUAGAGCAGAUUAGAUUUAGUCUAAGAUGUUUCUUAGAGAAAUAUUUUAAGCUCUACAGGGUGUUAUUCAAUUUUAAUGUAUUAUUUUUCACGUAUAACUAUUUAUUUAACUUUUAAAUACAUUCACCAAGAGUUGAGCCUUUUUACAAUGUUUAAUUUAAUCAGCAAAUGUUUUUGUAUAAAAACAGUAUUAUUUUCUAAACUGCAAAAUUUGUUAUCUAUAUCUACAAACAAAUGAAUUCUUGAUGUAACAAUUUAACCCUUGUACUGGCCAUGGACUAGGAUAAUGUCUUAGUGUUGAUUCUUUUUACCUUCUGUAAUCCUGUAAAUAUACAAAUUCAAAUAUUAACCCCAAUAAAUAUGAUGUAUGUGUGUUCCUAAUAUAUUAUCUAUCAAAGACAGGAACUUAUAUAAAGAAAUGUUGCUGGUCAAUUUUAAUAAAACAUUAUUAAAAGUUAAUCAGGAGUAGGUACUACUGACUUCCAUGUUGAUACAGUAUUUCAGCUUCAAUACAGGUAAAACUAAAAGCAUUCAACUUGUGUUUUAUAUCAAUCAAAAUAAAGUUUCAAUAUAUAGCAUAUUUUUACUUUACAUUUUCAUAUAUUUUAAAAUUUCUUAUAUAUAUAAAUGCCAUAUUUUUACCAUCUUGAUUCAUGCAAAAAUUACAUAAUAACUAUUUAUUGUUGUCUCUGUGUCAGACACUUCUUUUAUGUUAAAAUUUUUUAUUAUGCGCUGAAAAUAAAUAAGUAUAUUUUUGAGUAUAAAUAAUGUGCCUCAAAGCAUUAAGAAGAAAAAUUGUGUAAAUGAGCUGAAAGAGGCUUACAAGCACAGGAAAAAGUAUAUGACCAGUUCAGGGGUUAAAACAAUAAAAUUGUCUGGACAUUGUACUCUAUUUAAAAAUAUUUAUAACUUACUGUCACUCAGUUCUUUUACCCACCAAAAGGUUAAAUAGUUUAAUUAAGCUUUAUUGAAUCUAAAUUUAAAUUUAAAUGCAGUUUGUUUUGUUUUUCUUAAAAGUUUUUAAACUUAUACAUUUCUAAGUUGUAAAAAUCUUUAUAAAAUUAUUUUUGUUAGUAAUCAUUAUGUUUGUGAGUUAAGAAGUAUUAAGCUGUGGUUUAUUGAAAAUAAAGAUUUUCUAAUUUUGUA